UCGAGCUAGGAGGCUAGGUGGUUAGCAACCGGUGGAGCCCAGCUCGGAGUUGAAGACAGUUCCCCAGGGACUCGGACCUGAGCUGCUUCAUCACCGGACUCUUCACUGAGUGACUCACAGAGACAAACAUGUUCGCUGUCUCUCGGCUUCCUGUCUCUUUCAUCGCUCUCAUGUGAUAAAACACUCAUGCUAACGCUAGCCUGUUAGCAGCUCUGCUUGUUUCUCUGCACGGAUCUGAACUCUAGCUCCAGCUGGUCUCAGGAGGCUGUCGUGUGUUUACAAAGAUGUUCCUGGUCGGGCUGACGGGAGGAAUCUCCUCGGGGAAGAGCACCGUGUCUUCCAUGCUGCGGGAGCUCGGCUGCCCCAUCAUCGAUGCUGACGUUGUGGCCAGGAAAGUCGUGGAGCCCAACACUCCGGCCUACUCUCGCAUCGUCCGACACUUCGGGCCGGAGAUCCUGCUGGAGAACGGAGAGAUCAACAGAGAGAAGCUGGGUCAGAUCAUCUUCGCCGACGAGGAGAAAAGGAAGCUGCUGAACUCCAUCACCCACCCGGAAAUCCACAAAGCGAUGCUCAAAGAGAUCCUCUUCUACUUCCUCAGAGGUUAUCGCUAUGUCGUGCUGGACGUGCCUCUUCUCUUUGAAACCAGACGUCUCACUAAGUUUUUGAACCACACUGUUGUUGUUUACUGUGACCCUGCCACUCAGCUGUCCCGCCUGAUGCAGAGGGACGGCCUGACCCAGGAGCAGGCCGAGCAGCGCGUGGCCGCCCAGAUGCCACUUAAUGAAAAGCGCGGCCUGGCCAAUCACGUUAUCGAGAACUCGGGCGGCCGGGAGGACGCCCACCGGCAGGUCCUGCGGCUGCACACAAAGCUGGAGGACUCCAUGGACUUCCUUUUAGUGAGGGUCAUUGCAAUCGCUGCCACCACUGGUGUGAGUGGGAUUCUGCUCUAUGCUGCCAAGAUCCUUUUAUCCUAACAGAGGAAAUUGGAGCUGUAAAAGAGUUCAUUCCCAGAUCUGGUCAAUGACGUGGAUGUGAACGGGAGAAGGCAGGUCGGAGGUAACGAUGCAAAUUACUGUGAGAUUAGGUUCACACCACCCAUCACUGCAGCUCGGGGGUGCGACGUGCACUGAUUAACACGGAGUCACACUGUUGACAUAACAUGUGAUGACAAAUUGUUGUUUUGUGUGAAGGGUUUCUAUGUGCAAUUUCUGUGGGGUUUUACUGUGAGACACUAAAACAUGAAGGCGAUACUGUACAAGCUCCAAUUUACAACCUGUGCUUGAAACAGUGAUGUCAGAUCGGAGCUUAAAACCGGGAAAAAGCUUAAUCAUAAUAUAAUGUUCCACACGUAGCUUAUAUUUGUAAAACCGUGAAGUAUGAUAGAUUAUAGAAAGGAUAAGAUCCUAUUUGGCUACACCUAUAGACUUUACAUAAAGGUCGACGCCAUGACAGCUCCCCAAAAGCGAAGCCAAAUCAUCCGGAUCGCCCUCUGGUGGUUGGCUGCAGUAUAGGACAUAAGCCCUGCCUCCUCCAUGCUAGCAGAUGGAACAUAGGUCAAAAUAAAUAGUCAAAGUACACGUCAAAUACUUUUUUUCUGUCAUUUUCGGUAGGUCUUAACAAACUGAUGUUCAUUCAAGUGUUGAUUUAGUUGAUUUGUUUCAUUCAGUUAUUUGAUGCUAUAAAUACCAUGUGAAACCUGAUGAUCGACAGCUGAGACUUGAUACUGUGGCUACACACCAAGAGAAAAGAAAGUGGCACCUGUCUCCGGGUUAAUUCAGCUGAAUGGUUGUGGGGGGAGGAGGUGAAGUCCAUCUUUAUAAACUGUUCCCUAUGGUCACGCCUUUUGAAGCUGCUUAAAGUAGACAUUCUGAGUGAUUUCAUAGAUUAAAUAAAUGGUCAUAUGAUUUAAACUGGAUGGAAUUCUCUCUCAGAAAAUAAGUAAAAUACUGAAUAUGAUGAUUGUGAGGAUACAGCAUAUGUAAUGAUUGUAUGUUAAUCACUGUAUAAUGAAGAUUGACAGCAGAUAUUUGACAAUCCAUUUUUAAUGGGAGCCGAGCGACUUUACACAAGAUAACGACUAUAUUUAUCACAGUAUUUUCUUACACUUGAAGCUGUCCACUGUAAAUACUUCAACCUGUGAUGUGUUUCUUUCAGUGCACACUCGCCUGUAACAUUUGUAAUGUGAGCUGCUUAAUUUUAACAUAAAUGAUCCAACACCACUGAUUUAAAGGAACAACUA